AUGCAUAAUAGUAUAAUUUUUUGGAAAUUUUUUUAGUUUUUAAAACAACUCCAAGAGAAAUUAAGAAACAAAUUAAAUAGAUAUGUAGAAAUGAGAAAUAAGGUAGAAUUAGUAUUUCCCCCCGAAUGAAAUUUGAAAAUAACAUUUUUGAUAAUCAUGAAUCUAAUGUCAUCCUUUUUCAUAAUAGAUGA